AUUGGUUGCUAAUCUCUUGUACUCCAAGAUCUUUUGCAAUUUCUGAAUUGCUUACUUAGAUAUUUCCACGCCUUAGCUUGUUAGCUUGUUAGUCUACAAAUUCCAAGAAACAAACAAGACAUUUGCUUCCAACUUAUCAGCAAUAUUAGUCUUUGUCCAGGCUUCUCAUUUUUUCUCCAGUUCUUUCUCUUUCUGUGUUUCAUCAUAGUUCACAAGUUCCUGUGACAUCUAUGAUCAGCAUAAACUGAAUUGUCUUGUGUAUGAACCUUGAAUCGUGAUAGACUUCAGUGAAUCUCAUGCCAAUGAACAUGAAAACUUCUAAAAGGAAGAAGCCUGGAGUUUUUUUUUUUGGUUGGACCCUUUUUUUCCUGCUUCUUUCGUAAUUUCUAGUCGAUAGAGCUGUCCAGAAUAUUACUCUGAUCGCUUGGCUAUGGAGUACUGUGAAUCCGAAACAGCAGCCGCUGAAAGUGAACAGCAUCUGAUUGCUGCUGCCUAUCAUAUUGUGAAGGCACUUGGGGCUAGUAAGACCUUGAACAAUGACAUGAAAAGAAUUCUAACCGAUCUUGAUGUUCAAUUGUCCAAGAUGACUGCAGUUCAGGAGAAUGAGGCUGACAGGACCAGGGAGAUGGAAAAUAAGCUCAAGUUUGCCCAGAGAAAGAUCAUGAGUUUCCAGUCAAGAAGCUUGAAGAUUUGGGAUUUAGGUCCUGGCGAGGAUUAUGGAUAUUUAAAAGCAGUUGACGAAGUUCGAAGGUUGGCAGAAAUUUUGCAGAACAUGCCCUCAAACCAAACUAGGAAAGUAAAGCAGCUACUGGAUGAAGCUGAGAAUAUUCUGCACAAGGCAAUGGCAAGGCUCCAGGAAGAACUGGUUCACAUCCUUUCCAAGAAUAUGCAACCCCUUGAGCAUGAAUUUGUUUUACUCGAGUCUUGCCAGGUGGCUUCUUUGGAGGAAGAAUCGAUAGUACCAAACGAGGAUGAAUCGUUUGAGAUCCUAUCUCAGAGGGGGAGAAGAGGCCCUGAUUGUGAGCAGUAUGUAGUGGAUUUGGUCCAUCCACGUGCAAUUCCUCUGAUCAAAUGUAUUGCAGAAUUGAUGUUUGCUUCUAAUUAUGAUAAGGAAUUUUGCCAAUCUUUCAUUAGCUUUUGGAAGCAGGCAUUGGAUGAUUACUUGAUCAAUCUCCAUGUAAAACAACUCAGCAUCGAUGAUGUUCUUAAGAUGGACUGGAAGCGCUUGACCUACAGAAUCAGAAUUUGGUGCCGUGCAACCAGAAGAAUUGUUGGCUUCUAUCUUGCAAGUCAGAAACGGCUCUUUGACAAAAUCCUGGGGGAAUUUGGAAGCACUAGUUCGUCUUGCUUUAUUGAAACUUCAAAGGCUUCUGUAUCGUGCCUUUUGAACUUUGGACAGGCUGUCCUAAUUUGCCCCCCUCGUCCAGAAAGACUUUUUUGUUUGCUAGAUAUGUAUGAAACUCUGUCAAAAUUUCUCCCAGAUUUAGGUGAUUUGUUUGCAGAAGAGGCUGGUUCUUUAGUUGAGAUUGAGUUUCAUGAGCUUCUGAAGAGAUUAGGCAAUUCUGCAAAGGAAAUCUUCCUUGAAUUUGGAAACCAUGUUGCCUCAAACACUUCAACAAUACCGUUUACUAGUGGAAGUAUUACCCAUCUGACGAGGUAUGUGAUGAACUAUAUCAUGUUACUGGUAGAAUAUGGCGAUACCCUCAAUUCACUCCUAGAAGAACAAAAUCUGGAGAAUACAGAUCAAUUUUCUCAAGCAGAGGUCUCCCAGAUAAUCAAUUUGAAUAAUACAAGUCCCAUGGCACAUAGCCUAAAGUCUGUUACUUCAGUUUUGGAAGCCAAUCUGGACACCAAAUCUGAUCUUUAUGGAGAUGAAUCUUUGAAGCACAUCUUUAUGAUGAAUAACAUUCAUUACAUGGUCCAAAAGAUUGAGAAUUCACAAUUAAGGUGGUACUUUGGUGAUGAAUGGAUCAGAAGACAUGUUUGGAAAUUCAGGCAGCACGAGACUUGCUAUGAAAGAAUCACAUGGAGUUCUAUACUUUCUCAGCUAAAAGAUGAUGGCAGCAAAGGGAAGGCGAUGCUCAAAGACAAAUGCAGGAAAUUUAAUACAGCUUUUGAGGAAGUAUACAAAAGCCAGACAGCAUGGAAGAUCCCAGAUGCUCAACUACGAGAAGAGUUGAGAAUCUCAACUUCACAGAAAGUUAUCCAUGCAUACAGGCCAUUUGCUUCUAGGUUAGCAAAGUGUUGUAUUAGUGACAAAUACAUCAAGUAUACUGAAGAUGACUUGGGGAAUUAUAUUUGGGAUCUUUUCGAGGGAUCUCCCAAGUCUCUGAACCAUGCAAAGAGGAGGUGAACUUGGUCUCAUUUAAGACACCAGUAGUCUUCUUGUGCCUUUUUCCCAAUUGUUUUGUAAGUGCAAUGUCAUAAUAGAAAAAUUGUUUGCCAGAUCAA